AUGAGACUGCUAGGGACGCUGCUAAUUCUGGUGCCCCUGCAAGUGAAGGCGCGCUGUGACGUUCUUAGCAGAGUAAACUCCAAACUGUCGAGGGGGACGUUCAGCAGCUUUCUCACGAACAGGCAUAGUAAGGCCACGUACAUCAUACACAGGCCACUGUCUAGGGAGAGAGAAAAAAGGAGGUACACGCUUUUAAGCAGAAGAAGGGUGAGUGCCCACAACGUCACGUUAGGAAGCGCGUACCUAAGUAGCGUCCCAUUAGGAAGUAGGCAUCUAUGUAGCGUGCCGUUAAGCAGUGCACACCCAAGCAGCGCUCCGUUGAGAAGCAUGAAAGAAAGCCACGCUGAAGCAACCGGCUCAUCCGCCGUGGAAGCCACCCGCAUAGAGGAGCAGAUAGAAAGGUGCAGCCAGGAAAUAUCGGCCCUGGUCGAGAGGAACGAAUGCAUCCGAGGAAUAAACGAUGAGGAGCUCCAAAAAGAAUACGGCGCGAAUGAGCAGUCCUUGGAGGAGAAGAAGCGGAAGUUGAAACGGCUGUAUAGUGUCCCAAGCCAGCGACUAAAUUUGGCAAAUAAUAGAACCAAAGUGGAGAACUUGGCCAAAAGGAAGCUCUUUUAUACCAACUCGUUUGAGAUUUAUGGAGGUUCUUCAGGGCUAAUCGAUUACGGCCCCUCCGGAUGUCUUCUAAAAUCAGAACUUGAGACCCUCUGGAGAUACCAUUUCAUUUUUUAUGAUGAGAUGCUGGAGAUUUGCGGAACGUGCAUAACCCCCUACAAUGUCUUGAAGACGUCGGGACAUGUCGACCGGUUUACCGAUCUUAUGAUCAGAGAUGCUGUCACGGGGGAUUUUUACAGAGCGGAUAAGUACAUCGCGGAGUACUUAACGAGUAGGGUAGAGGAGGGAAAGAAGAAGCAGGAAAAGGAUGCGGUGAAGAAAACAGAGGAGGAUGAGCGGUCGAUGGGUAAAAGGGAUGAUCAUCAGGGGAAGGACCACCAACUUGAGCGGGACCACCACCUCGGACAGGGCAUCCGAAUCGAUAGCGCCGACCAUAUGAUGGCAAUCGUGAGGAGGCUCGACGGAAUGAACGCCCAGGAAAUAAAAGACAUCAUCAAGCAGUACGAUAUAAAGUCUCCUUCCAAGAACGACUUCGUGGGUCCCUUCCCCUUCAAUCUCAUGUUCCAGACGAGGAUCGGCCCGAAGGAGGACGUAGAGGAUAACACUGCGCAGAGGGGAAAAUCAAAUGAGUCGUCCCCCCACGCAGACGCAAAUCAACUCAACAGCAUUGCAUUCCUGAGGCCAGAAACUGCCCAAGGAAUCUUCGUCAAUUUUAAGAAGCUGCUAGAGUAUAAUGGAGGCAAGAUGCCCUUCGCAGGGGCCCAAAUCGGACUGGGGUUUCGAAACGAGAUAUCUCCAAGGAAUGGCCUUUUGCGUGUCCGUGAAUUCGAAAUGGCUGAAAUUGAGUACUUUGUCAAUCCGGAGAAAAAAUGCCACGAGAAAUACCACCUCUUCAAGCACCUCAUCCUUCCCCUCUACCCGCGGGAGGAGCAGCUUAGAAGUGGACAGGACAGCGAUGGGGAACACAGCCGCGUCGUCCACAUGCAAAUCGACGAAGCAGUCAUGAAGGGAAUUAUUGCCAAUGAGGCCUUGGCCUACUUCCUCGCAAGGACAUAUCUGUUCCUGCUAAAGUGUGGUAUUAACAAAGACGGCCUCCGAUUUCGACAACACUUACCCACGGAGAUGGCUCACUAUGCGAAUGACUGUUGGGACGCAGAGAUUCUGACUUCCUAUGGCUUUAUCGAGGUGGUGGGACACGCAGACCGAUCUGCAUACGACUUGAAGAAUCACAUGAAGGUGACAGGGGCGAAUUUAUAUGCCUGCGAGAAGUAUGAUACGCCCGUGGAGGAAGAGCAUAUCAAGAUUUCUCCGAACAAGGCAAAGAUAGGAAUGAAGUUUAAGAGCCAACAGAAUGCGAUAUACCAGUGGCUGAAUGAGAGGACAAAGGAGGAACUGCUAUCCAUCGAUGAGGAGCUGAAUAGGAACAACUCCUACGUGGUCAACAUAAGCUGCAGUGGUGCUCCCUCCGCUGCCUGCGCUUCCUCUGCCUUUCCCCCCCCCUUGACAUUCGAAUUGACCAGAGAUAUGCUCAAAUUUGAAAAGAGUAAAAAAAAAGUGCAGGAAAGGAAUUUCAUUCCGAAUGUCAUUGAGCCUUCGUUUGGGAUUGGGCGACUCAUUUUUUGCAUCAUAGAGCAUUCAUUUCGAAUCCGCACCUUUACCGAUGACAAAGAGGAGAGGCAUUACUUGUCGCUACCUUAUGCACUGGCCCCUGUCAAAUGUUCCGUGUUAACCAUAUCGAACCAUAAGACGUUUGUUCCCUUCGUCAAGCAGGUUCAAAUGAUCCUCAAUGAAUUUAGCAUCUCCUCCAAAAUUGACAACUCCAGUGUCUCCAUUGGGAAGAAGUACGCUCGUACGGACGAAAUAGGAAUCCCCUUUGCAGUCACCAUCGACUUCCAGACGGUGAAGGAUAAGACGGUCACACUUCGAGAGAGGGACUCCAUGCUGCAGAUCAGGAUUCGCAUCUCCGAGUUGGUUGGAAUUGUCACUUCCCUCCUUCACCAGAAGAAUACUUGGGCAGAUUACGUCGCCCAGUACGGCCUCUUCACGCAGCAGAAUUUGGACCCCUAG